GCUGGUUCUGAUGGACACUUUAUUUCCCAGUUCAGAGUCAAAACAUCGCAACCAACCAGAGGCUCCGGACAGUUUUCUGGGGCCCCAUGAGUCUGAGGAAGGAGAGGCUCCGCUGUGUCAGGGACCCCCGCUGCUUUCCCUCCCCAGCCUCAUGGCUCUGUUCCCCGGCCGCGUGCCGCCGGCUCUGAGCCUCUCCGGACCCCCGCUGAUCUAUCUGUACGGAGGGGACAGCGCGCUGAGCCUGGUGCCGGGCCCCCAGGAGCCCCCUCAGAAGCCCCCCUACAGCUACAUCGCGCUCAUCGCCAUGGCGAUCAGGAGCGCGCCCGGGCAGCGCGCCACCCUCAGCGGUAUCUACCAGUUCAUCAUGGAGCGGUUCCCCUUCUACCAGGACAACAAGCAGGGCUGGCAGAACUCCAUCCGCCACAACCUGUCCCUGAACGACUGCUUCAUCAAGCUGCCCCGGGAGAAGGGCCGGCCCGGCAAGGGCAGCUACUGGACCCUGGACUCCAGCUGCCUGGACAUGUUCGAGAACGGCAACUACCGCCGCAGGAAGCGGAGGGCCAGGGGCCAGCAGGACGCCAAAGAGCAGGGGCCGAGGCGCGCCAAGGGCCCGGCGCCAUCCAAGGACUCGAAGCGCACAGAGCCGGACCCAGAACCGGUUCUCUUCAAGUUCAGCCAGCAGGUUCAUCCCACACAGAGGCAGCAGGUUUCCCCCAGCAGAGACCCCCCCGAUGGCCCCCACCGGGCCGAGCCCUCCCAGCAGGCCCCCAGAGGAGGCCCGCAGAGGACGGAGCGGUCCAAAGGCUUCACCAUAGACAGCAUCUUAUCCAAAGACCCGGAGCAGGCGCGCCACCGCGCCCCGGAUGUUUCAGCGGAGAGUCUGUGGGCGUCCCCGCUCCUGGGCGCGCGCCCCCAUCCGCUGGUCCAGGUGGGGUUCCCGCUCUGCUCCUACCUGUCCCUCACGUGCUCGGACCCAGCGGUGCGCUUUAAAUGAAGGGAUCAUCAUCAUCAUCAUCAUCAUCGCCAUCAUUUAUAUUGUUCAGACAGGACAGCAAACCAACAGGAUGGAGUUUUAAUUCAUCUGAACCUGUUACUGUUUAAUGUUUGACUUUUUGCUUCCUUUGUUGACGCAGCAAAAAAAAAAAAAAAAAAGUUAAUUGUAAAUAUUUGUAAGUUAUGGUGACAGGGCAUGGCUUUGCCAAACAAGGUGAGGAUAAAUCCUACUGUAACCAAAUCAUAUAGAGUGGUUCGCUCUGCCUUUGAAUAAAGUUCAGGUAGAAAUCAA